AUGGCCUCUCCACGGCCAGCAACACCAAUUUCUGGGUCUGCCGAAGACCCGGAAGCCGUCGCACUUGAAGAACAGUGGAAUGAGGCCAUCCACGAGUGCGAGAAAAAGUUGCAAGACCCUGAGCUCGAGGUCAUUAGACAAUUUCAAGGGCCUCAGCAGAUAGACGAGGACUUGAGAAAGAGGCUGCAAGAUUCUGCACAGGGGAGACUCCGAGGUAUGCUGUCUCAGAUCAGCCCUUUCUUUGAUAUCCUGCAGAAGGUGCUGCACCUCUUCACGGCUGCAUUGCCCGCCCGAUCCAUUCCUCUCGCUCUGGUAUCAGGAGGAGCCUAUCUCGCAGUACAGUAUUGUGCAGAAUUUGAAUCUGCUGCCCGCAGAAUAAUCGAUAUCCUUGACAAGUACAAAGAGCAGCUGGAGCUGUUUCAGAAGUAUACCGAACCCCUCAAGCAAGAGAAUUACAGGCAGGGGCUUGUUCAGAUGUUCAAAGCCAUGAUAGAAUUUUGGGUUGCGACCGUGCGGUUCCUGUCCAAAAAGUCCAGAGGCAUGUUUUUCAGGUAUCCCUGA